UCGAAAAGCCAAACACAUCUUCACACUAAACUGCACAGUGCAUCUUUUUACUGCUUCUCCUUAACAUGUCUAAUGGCUCAACGAAUAUAUUCAGUUCAACUGCAACGUGUCACCUCACCCAUGAUUACCUUUCUUCUUCUCUUUGUUGCUCUUACCCAGUACUGUUGUGGUGAUUCUCUCUGAGUUCAAAUCUAGAGUCAAAUAUACAGAGAUCUGAAUGGCCAGUCACUGCGCUGAAGCGUUGGAGAUUCCAAUUCCCACCCAUUGUAAAGCUAAGGUACACCGUUCAAUAUGCUUAGAGCUUCACGGAUUCAUUGAUAGAAUUUUGCAUAUAAUAUUAGCCAUCGAAUCUGCCAGACCGAAUUGUGCAUUAGCAAUUCAAACGUUAUGCUCAUUGCACUUCACUUCGGAUAAAGCCAAGUCAAUUGUCAAACUCUGUUCCGAGUCCAGUAAACUCUACUUGGCAAUCACAUCGCACAAGAUACUUUCAAGAUGUGAAAAAAUACGAAAUGCUUUUGAGUUGUACUUGGCUCAGAUUCAAAAUACGGUUACAAUACCAUUGGCUGCUAAGAUAUCUUCAAUACUACACGAUCUUAGGGAUACAAAAUUUUCCAUGGAAUUUGCUGAAGACGAGGCUAGGAAAGUAGUACUGGCACUGCUUGACAAGAACUUGCCACCCUCAGCUUCUAUGGAGAAUGCAGAACUUGAAGCUAUUCAAAUUGCAACCUUGAGGUUGGAGAUCAACUCUCCAUUCUCUCUCUUAGUAGAGAAAGCAACUCUUAAGAGGCAACUUGACCAUAUAAAAGGCACACAUCAAAAGGAGAAGGAACUUCUAGAAUACCUUUUAUAUCUGUUAAUCAAAUAUGAGAAAUUCAUUUGGCAGUUUCAAAAUGAAAGCCUCUCCCUCAAACAUGAAUAUGUCAUGACCAAUCCUUUGUGAAUGAAGCAAUACGUGAGAAUCAAGUCAAUGUCUCUAUUAAGACUAAAGUCAGAGAUUUAGGAUUACUAAGUACUUGAGGUUGUCUUGCUUGUACUAUAUUACUGUCCAGUGUCCACAGAAGCUGCUGUGUGACUUGGAAACAAGCAUUUCAAUUUGAGUUUUAGAAUUUAGAACUUGAGAUUAGAUGCAUUUAUUUGUAUUCCUCCAGCCAUAAUAGCUAUUCGGAGGCAAGUUCAUUUAUUAGUAAAAUCAGUAAACAGAAAUGGUGGGCCAAAAAACUUCCCUUUUUUAAAGGAUUUAGGAAUUUUGAGUAACCAGGUAGUGUAACAAACUAAAAA